AGCGAGCACUCUGAAUUGUGAGUGGCUUACGACACUCAGUGAACAGAAGGUGCUUCUGCAUGCACUGUCAGUGGACUGGUCUGCUGCAAGGGACUGCGCGCUCCUUUGCUUCCCACAUUUACCGCCCCUGCCUGCCUACCAGCACCAGCCUUCAGCAGCCUCUUCCAGCUGGCUGAGAAAAUACCCGGAGAGCGAGGGAGUGAAAGAGACCUGCGAGCCACGGGGGGAUGCGAGAGGCUUCUUAACCGAGAUGAGCCACUGAGAUGACAAGGAAUAUUGUUACACAAGAAAACAGUGAACAGGCUUCACCUCUUUAAAUCCGUUUUUUUUUUUUUUUUUUUUUUCCUCUUCCUCCGUCUUGCACCCGUCACUGAAAGCAUGAUUACCCGCUUGAAUGGAUUUAAACCUUACAUGUCAGUGAUUGCUUGCAGAGAUGGACGGUAAUAUGCGUUGACAGAUCUGCCGAAACUUAAGCAGGAAGGGGAGGAGAAAAGAGCAAGACAGAUAUUUAAAAAGAUUUUUUUUUUUUUCCUUGGUCCUUUUUUUUUUUUUUUUCCUUUCUCUGGUUGUCUCUUCUCCCCUCUGAUCAUUGCAGCAGAGGACUGCGGAGGAGCAAAAGAGACAGAGCUCAUGCAUGCAGACAGGGGAACUUGCACUUCCUACCAUCUCGCUGAAAGCUACUUGGAUUCCUUCUCUUUCUGGCUCUUUCACUUGAGGAGAACUAAGACAUUGUAAGCCUGCCAAGGAUCUGGUGUCCACUGAAAAGAGAGAAGGGAGGGGGGGGGAUUUGUACCACAGUAGGGUCUUUUUUAGAUUCGCACAUAAUUAGUGUUGGGGCACAAAGCGAGACGCUGAAUGGAGAUUGUCAGCUUUUGGAUAGGGGUGAGUAGGAAUCUUUUCAAAUAAGAUCGAUCAAUGAGGACAGCUUUAUUAUAAUUUUCUUUUUUCAUCCCCUCUUCUCUCCACCCACUGCUUGAUAUACAAGAUCAUAAAAGAGACUUGUCCCUCAUCCUUAGCAUUUUCGAGAAGGAUUUCUUUGCAUUAAAUAAAUAAAAGGCACAUACAAUAUCACUGCCUACGGCUAAAAUACAAAAUACAACUAAUCAUAGCAAAAUUAUUCAAAAUGAUGUGAUAAAUAUGAUAUGAUAGGUGCAAAACCAAUAUCCAGAGUGGUUCAAUGGACAUUUUCUCAGUGACAUCCCUGGAUAUUUAUGCUAAUGGAUUUCCUUCUAAUUGGACUGUACUUAAAGUGGCCACUGAAGAAGCCCCCUGGGUUGAUAUUGUGUUCAUUGGGCAUUUUUCUGAGAACAGUUCCCUUGGCGGAGGGGGUUUGUCCAAGGCUGUGCCGCUGCGACAGCAAGCUGCUGUACUGCGAGGGGCUCAACCUCACAGACAUUCCCCGCAAUCUGAGCAGUGCCAUGGGCCUGUCCAUGAGAGAGAACAACUUGACCGAGCUGCGUGAGGGCCAACUGGCUGGUCUGUCGCAGCUCACCUGGCUAUACCUAGAUCACAACAACAUUGACAUUGUAGAGGAAGGUGCGUUUGACAGGCUAAGACGGGUCAAGGAGUUAGACCUGAGCAGCAACCGGAUCGAGAGUCUGCCAAAUGGUACCUUUAGGCCCCUCCCAAACCUGCGCAUCCUGGACCUCUCAUACAACAGGCUGCAGGCACUAGAGCCUGACCUGUUCCACGGCCUUAGAAAGCUCACCAAUUUGCAUUUGCGCUAUAAUGCUCUCAAAUUUGUGCCAGUGCGAAUUUUUCAAGACUGCCGGAGCAUGCAGUUUCUGGACUUGGGAUACAACCAACUGCAGAGCCUGGCACGAAACUCAUUUGCUGGCCUCUUCAAGUUGUCUGAGUUGCAUCUUGAGCACAAUGAACUGGUGAAAGUCAACCUAGCCCACUUUCCACGCCUCAUCUCUUUACGUACAUUGUACAUGCACAAUAAUCGUGCCACUAUUGUUGUCAAUACCCUGGAAUGGACAUGGCAUUAUUUAGAGAAGAUUGAUCUCUCAUCCAAUGAAAUCGAGUACAUUGAGCCUCAUGUUUUUGAGAGUGCUCCCAGCCUCAAAGUGUUGAUGCUAGACUCUAAUCGGCUGACCUCGGUGGACCAGCGCAUCCUGGAUUCGUGGUCAUCUCUGGACAGCAUAACCCUGGCAGGGAAUGAGUGGGAGUGCAGUCGCAACGUGUGUGCCUUGGCCUCUUGGCUGAGCGCCUUCCGAGGCCAGCGUGACAAUUCCCUGCUGUGUUCAAGCCCCGACACCGCACAGGGUGAGGACGUGUUGGAUGCUGUCUAUGCUUUUCAGCUAUGUGAGGACCCGCCACUGGAGGUGACAACAGCAGGCCUGUAUGCCUCUACAAGGGAUCUGGCCCAGGGUGGCUCUGUGUUCCUAGGCCCGUUUACACCCAACCCUUAUGAGGGGGAGGGCAGUGAAGUGGUCACCAGCUCUUUCACUGUCACGGUGAGCCAUGAUGAUCUGGAAAGCACCAUGCAGAUCCACAAGGUGGUGACUGGCACCAUGGCGCUCAUCUUUUCCUUUCUCAUCAUAGUGCUCAUGCUGUACGUGGCAUGGAAGUGCUUUCCAGCUGGAAUACGACAACUGAGGCAGUGCUUCAGCAGCCAGCGUCGUAAGCAGAAGCAAAAGCAAAGCAUGCAGCAGAUGGCUGCAAUUUCUACACCGGAGUACUAUGUUGACUAUAAACCCAACCACAUCGAGGGAGCUUUGGUAAUCAUUAAUGAAUAUGGCUCUUGCACUUGUCAACAGCAACCUUCUCGGGAAUGUGAGGUGUGAUCCUGCUUUGUGACGACGUCUUUACAUGUGAUUAUGUGGAUAUACAGUAAAUCCCCUUUUUGGAUACACAUAUUGUUGGACACGAGGAAUAAAAAAAUAUAUUUUAGACACUUACUACACAGCGUCUCACUGUGAUGUUGAAGGAGAGUGCUUUAUGCAGCUGACUAUAUUGUGGUGGAUCUACUGCUACUGCUGUCUACUGCUGAUUCGAAGCCACAGGGCAUAAUGGGCACCUGACUCUUAGACCUGUUGAUGUUCUACAGAAACACAGGGAGGAAUACAUUAUGGGCACUGAGGCUUUUCUCUCAUGGAUGGAUAUAUGAGCUUUAAUGUGUCUUUCUACUUCAGGACUUUUAAUUAUUGUUUAAAGAUAAACUGGGGACACACAAAAACAACAAAACAGAAAAAAAAGGUGAACCAUUUGUAUUAUGGUAAACACAAUAUUUGACAAGCAUUUAAAAUAUUAAAAAAAAACAUGUUUAAGUUGGGUUGAAAAUGUAAAGAUAGUCUGUGUAAAAUAUGUUAAAAGAAGAAGUGCAAGUGUGGACAAAAAUGACACAAGAUAAUCUAUUUCUUUUGUAAACUACAAAAAAAUGUUUAAAUAAAUGAAUUGCUAUUCACAGUAAACUCAUUUGUAUGUCAGAAGCCUGUCAGAGAGGAUGGAUGACAAUAGACGCAGUCUUUGUGCCCGUGGACUGGAGAGCAAUGUCUCUGCAGUGUAUUGAACCAAAAAAAAGAAAGAAAAAAAAAAGAGAUAAAAAAAAUAAGAAAAACAGAAAUAAGAGGCAGAGGGAUAUCUGCAUCUCAUCUCAAAUGUAAAAUCUAUGGUCUGAAUUUUAGAUCUCUGUUUUAGCUCUCAUAUUUGUUCACUCACUGUGUUGCCUCGCUAUCAGUGUAGUUUUUUUUCCCCCCCAUUUCCCAUUGCUUAUCUGUGAACAGGUUACAAUGAUCUACAUUUUAAUCAGUUAGCAUAAUUUCAUAUUAAUAUAUCACUAUUUGUGUACCAUCUAAGUAAAGAAAGCAGAGUGUCAAAGAUCUAAAGCUAUGCCUCUCAUUGCUUCUAACUCUUUGGGUUUCACAGGAGUAAUGCAUCUUUUCACUGAAUUAAGCACACUAAUGACAACAAUCAUUCAACCCAUGCAUAUGUAAACCAAGAUACAAUUUCAAAUAGUCUCGGAAUGAUGACAGAAAUUAUCCACCAGCUUAAAAGAACGAUUUCUUCACUGUGUUUUCAUGUGAUGUACAAUGUUUGUUGAAUACAACACCAUUUUGAGGUGUAAAUAUAUCCUUCUUCCUCUGGUGUUCAUUGUGUAAAUUAGUGCACUGACAGAUGAUGUGUUUCUUGGGUGCUUUGACAUGAACAGUAUGUUGUGUGAGAGGGGCGCAAGGAAAGGGAGAUGGAGGAGCCCAACGACUGCAGAAAGAAGGAACAGACUGCUCUCUAGUGUGCAUACUCUCAUACUGUGGCUGCAUUUUACCUACUGUGCACCAUAUUCUGCGUACCUUCUCAGCGGGACAAACUGCAAUAGAGUGAAUUUGCAGCAGCAAAUACAAUGCAUCAAUUUGCAUCAUUUUUGUGUUAUUUUGCGAUAAAUUAAGAUAAUGUUUACAACUUGUAAGUCAGCGGGAAUAAAAAUGUUUUAAGAAAUCACU